AAGCAGUGAUCAAGAUUCUGACUACUACGUCUACCAGGAUGGCCAGCGAUGGUGUGCGCGGCGCACAGACUACGGGGUGGUUGGGGCAACAAUCUGGUGGUGGAAUGUGAUCCUACAGGCGGAGGAGGGGUUGUGAACUGCGCGGUCUCCACGGUGCAUUUGGGCGGCAGUCCCAGUGGGGUGAACCAGAGGUGCCUCCUUAUGACCCACGAGUAUGACUGUGACCCAGAUGCAGGGGACAUGUACAAACGGGUGAACCACGACUGUGCCGGUUGCGGGGAUCGCUUCUUUGUGGAGGAGAGUGAGGGCUAUGUUUGUGCGACGCGACUUGAUUACCACGGCGGUUGGGGAUUGGAUCUGAAGAUGCACUGCAAGGAUUAUGGCUGGGUGCGGGAGGUAGUGACGGUCCAUAUGGGCGCCAGCAACUCCAACACAAAGUGUGUGGGCGUGCACCGGCCUGUCACCUGCGCCGCCUUUGCGGCGAACCUGGGCUAUCGUCUGAAUGCCGGUGCUUGGGGGGACGCCUUCCAAAUCACAACCUCCGGCAGCACCGUGUGUGUGCGGCGAACGGAUUCCCAUGGUGGCUGGGGGAUGCAUUUGUCGUUUUCCUGCACUGGCGUUUGAAUGAAGCAGUCGUUUUCCCCGGCGCA